AUGAAGACCAUCACCAUCGUCGGCGCAACCGGAAACCAAGGCCUCUCCGUCGCAGACGCCUUCCUCCCGCUUCCCGACUGGCACGUCCGCUGCAUCACGCGAAAUCCCUCUUCCCCAAAGGCCCAAGCACUCGCCUCUCUCGGUAGUAGUAUAGUCGAAGCUGACCUCGCCGACAUAACCUCUCUACACUCGGCCUUUGUCAAUUCCAAUGUUAUUUUCGUGAACACAGACUUCUGGGGCCCAUUUAACACCACCGGAAAAUACGAUGUCGCCUAUGAACAAGAGGUGCAACAUGGCCGUAACGCUGCCAUUGCCGCUAAAACUAUCCCUACACUUGAACGUUUUAUUUACUCUACUUUGGCACCGAUGAAGAAGCAUUCACAGGGGAAGUAUCCACAUUCUCACCAUUGUGACGCCAAGGCGGAGAUUAUGGAGUACAUUGAAACUCAGAUGCCGGAAUUGGCGAAGAAGACUUCAUAUAUUAUUAUAGGUGCAUAUGCGACGAAUCCCCUCUUUAUGCCUAGAUGGGAUCCAUAUAUCCAGAAGUAUCGGUUCAUGGUGCCAUUGAAGAAGGAGCAGAGGAUUCCGAUUAUUGCGGCGAGGGAAUCUACCGGUGCUUUCGUCAAGGCGUUGAUUGAUGAGCCCCCGCGGACGAGGUUGCUUGCAUAUGAUAGUGACCUCAGUAUUGAGGACAUUGUUGAUGUCUGGACUAGGGCUACUGGGUCUGAGGCUGACCUGGUCGAGGUGGAAGCUCAGGAGAUGCAUAAGGGGCUAGGUAUUCCUUGGGAAGUGCUGGAUGCGUUUCUGUUCAUUGGGGAGUUUGGGUAUGCAGGCGGGAUUGAGAACGUGAUCCAUCCAAGCCAGCUGAAGACACCAGUGCAGACGGAGUCGUUCGAGGAGUGGUUGAGAAAGAGGAACUGGGAGGAGGUCCUGCAAGGGGGUAGUAAGGAAUUGAAUAGCGUCACAGAGAAUGCACGUUAG